AUGUCCAAGACUUCAAGCAAGCAAAACGUAAAUCGGUCAGGUUGGCUCAGGGUCUUGUGGAUGUUAGGCGUUUUCCAAUUUGUUGCUCUGAGAAGCAAACCCUUAACCCGUUGCAAGUUGGUCGAACACGACGAUGGGUCUGCACCAUCUCCACCGCCAAAGCUGCCGAAAGCAGAACUGGUGGAAUUGACCUGCGGAACUGCAUGA